AUGCCUCCUGCACUGGAUGAUGUCCCGUCAUUGACGGAUGACAGCGCGAGCUUCGAUCUGAUUGCCCAUGGCCAUCGGGACCUGGUCCAGGCCGUCGCAUUUAAUGCAUAUGGCGACCGCUGUGCGACGGGCUCAGUUGAUGGCAAGAUUCGAGUCUUCAACCGCCAGAAGGACGGCACCUGGCGUAUGUGUGAUAAUUGGGGUGCCCAUCCCGGCGAGGUUCUAGAGCUCCAAUGGCUGCCGCCGACAAUAUACCCGAAUCUCAUUGCUUCUCUUGGUAUUGAAGGCCGUUUCAAGCUAUGGGCCGAAGACGACUCUGCCGCGCCAAGUCGGCGCUUCAGCUCUCGCGGCAGUAAUCCCAAGGCCGCCCACGAGAGCAGGUCAAACAAGUCACCAUACCGCUCCUUCUCAGUCAAGCAUAAUGAGGAGACCAGAUACACCUACUUCGCAUUCCUCGCAGCGGAUGGACAUCUAUACGUCCACGAGAGCGAGGAGCCUGAGAACUUGGCAGACUACACCGGCAUUGACGAUUUCCAGGCGCUGCCCAGGCCCAACCGUGGAGAGGAGACGUGUUUCAAGGUCCGCUUUGAUCCGAACCCAGAGCCCUGCUACAAGGCAUUGAGAGCCGGUGUGCCCACUGAUGCCCUGAGCCUGGUCGUUGCGGGCUUGGACUCUGUCAAGAUCUUCCGGUCCCGUGACACUGUGACCAGCUCUUUCGGCGCGGCUACCCGAGCAAGGGAGUUCUACCAGGCGGUUGAGAUCAGCGGACAUAGGGGCCUGGUCCGCGAUGUCGCUUGGGCACCCGGCAACUUCAGAGGCUACGACAUGAUCGCUACCGCCUGCCAGGACGGCUUUGUCAGGGUCUUCCGGAUUGACACUCCAUACAACAAGGAUGAUGGAAGGUCAUGGGCCGUUGCCGACAUCACAGGCAAGGACAGAGCCGGGGCCCACUCUGCUGCAGCGACCCAGGAUAGUCAGCCUCGAGGCCAACCCCAGGCGCACUCGGGCAUAAGGGCCGAGAUUGACAAGUCUGGCUCCCAUGGAGAACGCCUCAUCACCGGCCAGCCCGGUCAGAUCGAGCACACCGUGAGGGAGCUCUCCAAACUCGAGAGCCACCGCUCGCCCGUCUGGAGGGUCGGCUUUGACGAUGACGGUCAGAUUAUGGGUAGUGUUGGAGACGAGGGCAAGCUCAUGUGUUACCGCCAGAAACCGGAUGGCACCUGGGACAAGAGUUCAGAGUUGGGUAUGAUGAAGCAGAGGCUUGUCUUCCCGCACUCUAUUGCUGGUUAG